AUGCGGGGGCAGUUUCUUCUUCUUCUUAUUUUAGUCACGGUGGGUUGUUUUGCUGAAAACAAUCUGGAGGACCACAAAUCUGACAAUGUUAUCCUGUGUGAGAUCGAGGGAAAACUUGGGAAAAGUGACCAACGUCUUGAUGGAAACCUUGUCAACUGUCGAAGUUCUGGUCCGAAAUGCUCCAUCGACCUAAAUGACGGAUUCAAUACCACGAAGAAGAAUGUGAAGUGCCGAGAGUCGAAUGGGAACAUGUUUUGGGAAGUUGAGAAGCAUUGUUCCUUCCGCGUCCACUACAAGCGUAGAGCUGUAUGCAUCAGUGAGACUUCGGACUGCUCCAAUAUUCUCUUCACAUGCAGUUCCAUCACCACUUUCAAGCCAAUUUUCUUCAUUUCGAUCGGGAUCAUUGUCGGAAGCAGUCUUCUCGCUUUUCUGCUCCACUACAUCUAUCAAUAUUGCUAUCGAGUGGAAAACUAUACUCUUCCACAAACGUAA